AUGUGGCCACCGACAAUGAAUCAAUACCAAGAUCCCAAAGCUGCAUCAUGCCCUUCCUUAAAACCACCCGACCCAAUGUAUACAAGACAAAAAACCCACGAUAUAUUUCCGCCGGAAGCGCCUCCCGAAUACUAUUACUAUAUUUACAGCAAUGGAACAAACACGCCCGCGGGCUCAAGUAGAACUGUUGUUACCGACGAAUCUCUCAGCUCCGUUGGUACCAAGGUCGGAAAAGGAGGGGGCAGUUAUUCACGACCUCUAACAGCGGCAACGGAGCAGUCGGCCUGGCUUCAGCGACGACGGCGGUUUAGUGCCAAGAGCAGAAUCAUUCUCGGUACCGUUGGCAUGAUUGUCUUUCUGCUUAUUAUCACUGGAUUGGUGGUUUGGAUCGGCAACGCGUUUAUCCUUCCACAAGUGCAGUAUACGACCCACUACUCACAAAACACAAAAGGCAUGAAUUCAACAACUCUUAGCUAG